CGGAAGCAAUGUGUCACGGGGCCAGGGUUCCGACCGGGCUUCCUGAGGGAGCGGGAGGGGUCGGCAAUCAUGUGACAGCGGGUUCAAGAGGAAGCGGCUGUCGCAGUCGGAGCUACCUGCGACCGAGGACAGCGGCGGCCCCGGCAGCCUGAGCCAGGUCUGGGGACCGUCCCCGCGGGAGGAAGGGGCUCAUCAUGGCGGAUGAUUUGAAGAGAUUCCUCUACAAAAAGUUACCAAGUGUUGAAGGUCUUCAUGCCAUUGUAGUUUCAGACAGAGAUGGAGUGCCUGUUAUCAAAGUGGCAAAUGAUAAUGCUCCAGAACACGCUUUGAGACCUGGUUUCCUGUCUACCUUUGCACUUGCAACAGACCAGGGCAGCAAACUUGGACUUUCAAAAAACAAAAGUAUCAUUUGCUACUAUAACACAUACCAAGUAGUCCAAUUCAAUCGGUUACCAUUGGUGGUGAGUUUCAUAGCAAGCAGCAGUGCUAAUACUGGACUGAUUGUCAGCCUAGAAAAGGAGCUUGCCCCAUUGUUUGAAGAGUUGAGACAGGUCGUGGAAGGUUCCUAACCUGACCGUGGCCUGGCCCUGGCCAUGUUGUUUUGAUCCCAGUGAGUCCAGUCCAGCAGCUUUGACUUCAUCAAGUAAUGUGACUCCCCACACUCAGAAAAGACAACUUCCCCCAACUUAGACUGAAGAAGAAGAUUGUAUUUAUUAUUUCUAAAUCGGUGGACUGUUGUGUUGGGUUUUAGGCUCAAUCCUUCUACAGUAUGGUUCAGUAUCUAUCACAGCUCCCAUGGAGUUUAGCUCAGCCACCAAUGAGGGAUGAGAUUCUUAUCCAGUGGAUCAGAAUCAAAGUGUUCCCAUGAUCCACAUGAGCCACCUAAAGCUCCCCUGUUGUGUUCAGGACCUACAGGCCUGCACUAGGUAGGUCCUGCUCUGUAUAUGCUCUUGCUUUAUUGUGAAUAAUAGAGAACUUAUUUUUGUGUGUGUCAUGUUGUGUGUCUGCACUGAGUGAGUGGAAGAGAGCCCCUAACAGCAGUAAUAAACCAGUACAAUCACUAACUAUCCCUGUUUAUAUCAUUGUGAGGUGGAGAUUUAGGAGAGCAUUACUAAUUGGUGUUUCUUCUUAAAGUGGUGUGUGUCGAAAAAGAAAUCUGUUGCUUUGGAUUUGCUUUUACCUUCAGCUGUCAAUAACCAAUCAGUAUUUUGAUGUUUUUCUCUUUGUACGAUUUAAGUGUAAAAAUCAGUAUCCAAGCUUUGGUUUGUGACGUUUAUAUGAAUACCAUAAUACAACAGUUCUUUUUCCUUUUCCUAAAUAAGGGUCUAAAUAAAAUAGUAUUUUGUAAAAGUAUAGCUUGACUCCUUAGUCCUAUAGUUUGAGGGGUGGGGGGAAGGGGCAGGAGGUGAAUGAGAUCCAGGUCAUGAGAGAACAUCAUAAGCAGUUUCUCCUCGUGGGACGGUGGCUGAGCCAUGAAUCUAACUGGUCUAGACAAGAGGCGAUGAGGACCCAAACCAGGUCGUGAGGGGGGACCAUGGGAUCUAAUGAGGUGGUGGAUGGCCCUGGGGUGCACCCAGGCCUAGAGGGUCAGACCAGGGUGAGGAGACGGAGAGGGGUUGUUCAGGUGUAGGAAGAGAGCCAAGCAGCGUCAGAAACCUGCGGGAGGGGGCAGCUAGAUGGUGCAGUGGAUAGAGCACCGGCCCUGGAUUCAGGAGGACCUGAGUUCAAAUCUGGCCUCAGACACUUGACACUUACUAGCUGUGUGACCCUGGGCAAGUCACUUGACCCCCAUUGCCUCACUUAAAAAACAAAACAAAAACAAAAACCUGCAGGAGGCUGAGUAUCGACAAGACACUUGGACUGAGGGGUCUGCCUUCAGAGGUGGAGGCGAGGGUUUGGGAGACAGCACCUGACCCAUACUGCUGACUAGUGGCUAGCGGGCUGCCCCACCCGACACAUGAUGCUACGGUGCAAAGGAGUGAGUGCAGAAGAGCACCAGACGGUGCACGCUUAUGUCAGGGAAGGCUUCACAUAAGCUGAGUUAGAGAAAGGGAAGGGUAUCAAACAGAGACCAGGGGUGGGAAGAGGCGAAGCCCAUUCCAAAUGUGGGGAGAGACUAGGAGAGGCAUGGGGACAGGACCGGAAAGAACCAAAAUGGGGGGUGGAGAGGGUGGAGAGGAGCACCCAUUCUGUCCGAACUUUCAAAACCCUCAUUACUCUAAUUACAAGUUGUGCCAUGGUGGAGUUCUGUCUUUUGUAUACUUUUGGAAAAGUAUAUACAAUGUUUAAUCUUUGCUGUCUGAUUCGGUAUAAUGGGAAAGUAUUCCCUUUCAUAUUUUUAAAUAGGAUGCAUGUAAUUAUAUAUAUACAGACACACAUAUAUAUCAUUAUAUGUAUGUAGAUAUACCAUAAUAUAAUUUAUAUAUAUGUAAUAUCAAUGUAGUGUAACCUACUUAGCUUAAGUUGCUCUUAAGAUUUUUGAAAUGUCCUAUAAAUAGACAUACAUACAUAUUUACAAAAAAACUAACAAGCACAGCAGUUAAUGAAUGAAUGCCAAUUAUUCUGGAGGGGUGUAGUUGAGCUACCAGAGUUGAAUUCAACAAGACCUGGGUUCAAAUCCUGCCUCUGACACUUAAGUGGAUGAUCCCGGGCAAAUCACUUAACUUCUCUAAGACUCAGUUUCCAGGAAAAUAGAGGUAAUAAUACCACUGGUACUUCCCAGGUUGUUGUGA